AUGUCCCUCUCAACAUACCAAGCCGUCCUAAUGGCCCCAUUCAUCAUGUUGAUCAAGGCGAUGGCAUUACUUCUCCUCCUCGUCUUCCUCGCAAUCGUUACCAUCGCCCUCUACCGCCUCUACUUCCACCCCCUAUCCUCCAUUCCCGGUCCCCGCCUCGCCGUCCUCUCCAACAUCUGGCACGCCCACCACGCCCGCUCCGGCAGGAUGUACACCCUCGGCAAGACUUUACACCAAAAGUACGGCCCGGUAGUUAGGGUCGGGCCAGAUGAACUCUGGAUCAACGCCCGGGACGCCUUCAAAGUAAUCUACAGCGCAGGAAGCGGUUUCGAAAAAUCUGAUUUUUAUCUGUCGACGGUGCUUACCAAACCAUCCCUCUCAUUUUCUCCCGUCCCCCCAAGGGUGGAGGUGCAACAUGCCGACACGCUGGACUUACUUUCCGAAAGAUAUAUGCCUAGGUAUAGAACUCAGCGCAGGCUGAUAGGGCCUGUUUAUCAACUUUCUUCUCUCAAAAGGUUUGAGCCGCAGAUUGAUGCAGUUUUGGACUCUGCUGUCGCGAAGUUAAAGGGGUUAAAGGGGGAGGAGGUUGAUGUGAAGGAGUGGAUGCAUAUCAUUGCUGUGGAAUGUUUGGGAGCUGUGGUGCUGGGUUGGAGUCCCGGGUAUAUCAAGGCGGGAAGUGAUGGGGGAACUAGUAGGCAGGGGUAUCAGGGGUGGAAGCGCAAGUCCGUCUUCGGUCUCUUCCCUGUCAUCACCAAACUGGGAUUCUUGGAAGGGGCGAUGGGAAGCUGGAUAGGCAAGGGCAUAACAAGAUGGUUCUCCAACAUCUGGAACGUCACCUUCGCCACGCCCAAGAACUUUAAGCCGUUCUUUACUCCCGUCUACCAAAAGUCUUCCAAGCGCAUAGCGGCUGCGCUGAAAGGGGAGACCAAAGAUCCCAGGGCGAAGGCAAGCAAGAAGAAGAAUAAGCCACCUAAGAAGGAAGUGGCGAGGCCAAAGGAUUUGUUGGAAGACUUGAUACAGCUGCACAAGGCUAAGCCGGAGCAGUUCACGGAGACUUAUCUCCGACGAAUGGCCACGACGAACUUUGGUGCGGGCCAUGAGACGCUUUGUUCGGCGCUGACGGCUUGUUUGGGUAUGAUUGGGAUGCAUGAGGCUGUUCAGGACAGGGUUGCGGAGGAGGUUGGGACUUAUCUUCGGGGACAACAGGGCCAGGAUGGCGGGAGUGGAAGUGCCUCUAGGACGGUCCCCUUUGAUGCGACGGCCAAGGAGCUCAAGUAUACCUUGGCGGCAAUUAAGGAGGCGCAGAGACUGCACCCGGUCAUUGCAAUGAGUCUUUCGAGGACUGUUCCGCAAGGAGAGGGUGUCACGAUGCAUGGUCACUACAUCCCGCCGGGAACUACGGUGGGGUGUAAUCCUGUUGCGUUGCAUCGGAACCCCGAGAUCUUUGGUCUCGACGCCGACAGCUACAACCCGAGCCGGUGGCUAUCGGCUUCCACCAGGUCGUCCUACAUGUACUCUGGGCCAUCAAGUACGACCUCCGGUGCCGACUCCGGAUCCACCUCCGAUUCUACCGGCAACGACAGUCAACAGCCGACCCCAGAAGACCUGGAACACAAAAGACUAAGAGAAAUGCUCCACAUAAACCUCACCUACGGCGGCGGCGCACGCACCUGUCCCGGGCGGCACUUGGCCGAGCUGAUUGUUUGGAAGGUGGUUCCCCGGUUGGUGGCGGAGUUCAAGGUUGAGGUCACACAUAUGCCAGAGGAAAAAGAUAUGGAGAGGUAUUUUAUGAGUAUGUUGACGGGUGUUAAGGUUCGGUUUUUGGAGAGGGAGAAUGAAGAGGGCGGGAAGAUGGAAGAUGGGGAUUUUUAA